AUGGCAGCUGCCCCUGUUGUACUUAUCCUCGGAGCCGGGCCGAGAAUUGGCGCUUCUGUCGCCCAGAAAUUCGCCAGUGUCGGCUACAAAGUGGGAGUUGUUUCUAGGAAGGGAACCGAUAUCAAGAGCGCCGAAGGACUCCUCUCCCUCACGGCAGACUUUAGCAAGCCCGACUCAAUCCCGGCGUUGUUCGAGGCAGUCAAGGCCGAGUUUCAUACCUCUCCUAGCGUUGUCAUCUACAAUGCAGCGGCACUCACGCCUCCUCCCGUCAAGGACUCCCUGUUUUCAAUUCCUGCGGAGAGUGUUGCGUCGGACUUGAAUAUCAAUACUGUUAGUCCUUAUGUCGCAGCGCAACAAGCUGUUAUUGGAUGGGAAACGUUGCCCAAGGAGACCAAGAAGACGUUUAUCUACACCGGCAACAUCAUGAAUGUUUCCGUUGUGCCCGUGCCAAUGAUGUUGGAUCUAGCCAUGGGCAAGUCGGCCUCGGCGUCCUGGAUCGGCCUCGCUGAUACAUUGAGUACGGAUAAGGGGUUUCGAUUCUUCUAUGCCGAUGAGCGUUACGAAGACGGCAAAAUCAAGGGAAUGGCACUUGAUGGAGCUGCACAUGCUGAGUUUUAUGCACAGCUAGCAACCCACGAGAAUGUUCCAUGGAACGCGACAUUUGUGAAAGGCAAGGGUUAUGUGCAAUUCAAGUCUGGUUAG